AUGAACUGUGUGACCUCAGGCAAGUUACUUAACCUCUCUGUGCUGCUGUGUGAACUCAGCUGUUUUGCCUCUGCUGUGUGGCCUCAGAUCCUGAAGAUCUUCGUGGACAAUCUCUUUGCUAUCAUCCUGCUGAAGCAGGCCACAGCUGUGCGCUGCUUGGACAUGAGUGCCUCCCGUAAGAAGCUGGCUGUGGUAGAUGAAAAUGACACUUGCCUGGUGUAUGACAUUGACACCAAGGAGCUGCUUUUUCAGGAACCAAACGCCAACAGUGUGGCCUGGAACACCCAGUGUGAGGACAUGCUCUGCUUCUCGGGAGGAUGCUACCUCAACAUCAAAGCCAGCACCUUCCCUGUGCCCUGGCAGAAGCUGCAGGGCUUUGUGGUUGGCUACAAUGGCCCCAAGAUCUUCUGCCUCCACGUCUUCAUUUCUGCCGUGGAGGUGCCACAGUCUCCUGAUUCCCACAACAUUUUGGCGAGCCAGCCAGAAGCGGAGACGACAGGUUUACUGUCUCCUUUGCCUGUGGGACUGGAGCCCUGGGCCAGGGGAGGCCUGUGACCCCAGGCACCAUCGGGAGAACUUCAACUCAGAGGGGAGAUCAGCUUUCCUGUGAUCCGGUGCCCCUACCCGACAGCGCAGCAGAGCCUAAAGGGGCUACAGGAUGAUUCCAGGAACAGCACACUUCAGGACCACAUUGCAGGAAUCGUGCCUUAGAUCCACCACAGUUGGCUGAAACUGGCAGCCCAGGACAAGUGGACCAGCCAGCAAGACUCAGACCAUCCAAACCAGCAUAUCCUAUGACAGGACCGAGGUGCCAGUGAAAGUGACAACAGCCCUGCUCUGGUGACUCCAGAAGCCAACCAGUCUACGCACAGCUGAAGCUUGAGGAGACAGCAGCCCUGCUCUAGUCACCCCAGAAGCUGACCAGUCUAUGCACGGCUGAAGUUUCAUCAAGGAAGUAAAUGUAGUUAGAAAUCUUAAGCCCAGUAAUUUUCCUUGUAAUCUUAAUUGUUUUACUAUUAACCUGUCAC